GCUUGGUGGGUAUGCUGGAGCCUAUCCCAGCUGUCUUCGGCCACACCGUUCUGCGGUGGAAACUAACGGUUUGACUUGCACGAAAUCGCUGCAAAAAUUUGUUCGCGAUCACACCUGGCUAAGAUGAACAGUGCAGCCGUGUACCCACCUGUCGCCGCCCCCCCUGACAACAUGUUCAACAACAUGCCAGGCUACGAGGGCAUGGGUCAAGGCGCAGGAGGUUUCCUCCCUCCUCCCAUUCCCGCUCAGCCCAUCGCUCCGCCGCAACCCGCCCCUGAACCGGAAGACUGGAGCAUCCCGUCCUUGUCGGAGGAUAUGGCGCGUGAGGCGUUUAAGAGCUAUGUGGCGUCCAACUGCUGCUACAGUAAAGCACCCGCCAACGAUGGCGUGAUCACGCAAAUGGAGCCCUUUAACACGUACAGGUACCGUCUGGAGACUUACACUGAAUCAAGGUCGACUGAGUGGGCCCACAAACCUCAUGAAGGUGAGGCGGCCGACUUUUACACGCAGACGGCCCCCCGACCCUGGGAAAUCCAAGCCACGCCCCCCAGCCUCUUCAACAAUCACAGCGAGGAGAUCCGUGUGCCCUACACUUCCUCCGUUAAGGACUGCCAUGACUGCAAUGGCACAGGGAAGAAGGCUUGUGAGGACUGCCGUGGGAGUGGAUAUAAAGCGUGCAGGAUGUGUAAUGGAUCUGGCAGCAAUAAUGAUAUGAGUUGCAAUCAUUGUGAUGCUACAGGCCGGGACAGGUGCACAGCGUGUCAUGCUCACGGCACCAAGGAGUGCAACACGUGUAAGGGAAAGCGCCAACUGCUCACCUACAUCCAACUGAAAGUGGAGUGGACGAACCACGUGGAGGAUCACGUCGUGGAGCAGAAUUGUGGUUUGAAAAUCGAUGACCUGCGUUCAGUUAGCGGGAAGCAGCUGUUCAAGAACAACGACUACCUGGUGUACCCACUCCUCGGCUUCCCAAACCCGGCCAUCUCAGAGGCCUCUGAGCGUCUGGUCCGGGAGCACCAGAGCAAGUACGCCCAGACCUCCAGGAUCCUGCAGCAGAGGCAGACCGUAGAGUUGAUCCCCAUCACCAGAGUCGGCUACAAGUGGAAAGGCGACUCGCACGUCUACUACGUGUACGGCAACGAGCAGGAAGUCAGUACCAACUACCCUGCCACCUGCUGCUGCGUCAUCCUGUAGACGCAGGAAGUGCCGCCUUCUUCAUCUCUCACAGGAAAUCACCAACGGUGUCCAUAAUAAAAGAUUUAUUCAAUGUACAGGAAACGCUUUAAGACAUCGAAGCGGUGUUGAAUGUAUGUUGACUUUGUGAGGAUGCGUAGGGUGUCGCUGGAUGGUCCGAAUGGGUCUCUUUAGUUCCACUGUAAUCCAAAUCACUACACGUAUUAAUGUGUUUUGUUUGUGUCUGAAAAUGAAACGUUAUUUUGUCCACAAUCGUCUCCUCGGUCCACCUUUUAACUGUUUGACAUGAUCUGAGAUUUGUAUUUGUUUUUGCCUGAAAUGCAAGCGGUGUCCUCGUGUCGACACCAGGCAGCACAGAAUACCUCAAAACCACUCAGCAGAUCUUUUUACUUUUGUAAAGCAACAGCAGCUAGCGUCGGAAACGCUAAUCUUUGACAGUUUACUUCAUUUUCAGGGGCCAACAUUUUCUUGUACGUUUGCGGUAUUGUGAAUAACCACAAUGGAGUAUCACGUUUGCCUUUGUUUGAAGGCGGUGAAGCAAAUGUGUGCAUCAUGAUUGCAUUGUCCUCAUCCCUGUACUUAGUAAUUCAGUAUCUUGUUUCUAGACUUCUUUAAAUGUGACCUAGUCGCAGGUAACAUGACAUUUUCACAACAGGAUCUACUUACAAGCUAGCCUUCAGGAACUACCAGUUAUAAUGUCUUUCUUUAAACAUGUGUAGUUCCGAUAUGAAUGAUAUUUCUCUAAAUAAACCACUUUUCCGCUCAUGUUCUGCAUUUAACUUUAUAUCUGGGUGUGUCUGUGUUCACAUUGCAUGAAAGUGAUCCUGUUUCGUUUCCCUAAUGAAAACAUCAUUGUUACUAGCCUAUGUAACAGCCUACAGGGUAUAUGAUGAAAACUUAAUGUCGAGACAAAUAAAGUUAUGUGAUUUAAAACGUUGUACAAGAGAACCCCUCCUCGUAGUUCCGCUUACGUCACACAAGAAAUCUCAAGUGGAAAUGCUGAAAUAAAAACACUGAGUUUUGAACUCAAACUGGAUUUAAAAGUCAGUCCCAUGAUCAUAACUGACUGUAAAAUUGUUUGUUUUUGUAAAUGGCCUUUUAGAAGCGACCAUUGCAGAUUAGCCAUGGUUAGCAGUGACAUGGCAAAUGUAUUUACUUGUUCCUGUUGUCAU